AAUAGACUGACAAACAACAUUAUUCAGACAACUCCCUCUUCUCGUCUCAACUCCUGAAGACAUGGAAUCGUUUGUUGAAGAUCUUAAGAAAGAACUCCAAUGCUCCCUGUGUAAUGAUACUUUCACUGAACCAAAGAUCUUGUCGUGUUUCCACACAUAUUGUAAGCCUUGCGUCAAACGACACGCCGAGCAAGUCGACCAAAUCAACAUCUUCAAGUGUCCUCGAUGCAAUAAAUCACAAACAUUUCUACCAGAAAUAAACAGCGUCGAAGAUCUACAGCCAAGUCUAAUACAUUCCCGAAUGUUGAAGGGUCUGGCGUUGGUAGAAGGAGAAAAGGCUUGUUCUGUUUCUGAGAGUCAUUCGUCAGCUUCUUGGUAUUGUUUUGACUGUGAUCGCUCGAUGUGUGAUGAAUGCGAGAAGAGUCAUUCAUUGUUUAUCAAAGAUCACAAGGUCAUUCGUCUGGCUGAUUUGAAGAAAAAAGAUAUUCAGUUCAUAAUAACAAGAGAAAAUCCUUGUUCAAGUCACCCUCAUCACAGGCUAGAGUUCUUCUGCGAAGAUUGUGAUGCAAUGAUUUGCGGAACAUGCUUGAAACACGAUCACAGGAAACAUGAGACAAUGUCAUUGAAUAAGUUUGCUUCGAUCAAGAAAGCUGAAUUGUCAAAGCAUCUGCAGGUACUAGAGCAGUUGAGAUUAGAUGACAAGGAAAAGCAACAACAAGAAAAGAUUGCUGACACAAUCAAACAACAAGGAGAAAAGGCARAAAAAGAAGUCAAAGACAAAACCAAGAAGAUCAUCCAAAUACWACAAGACAACGAACGAGAAUUGCUGAGACAAAUCGAUGAGAAGUUGGACACAGCCACAACAAACUUGAAUAUAAUWCAUCAUAUWCCAGCCAUCAAGGAAUACAUCAAGAAUGUGAUGGAAAGAGGACUGGCAAGUGAAAUGAUGAACAUUCAAGAGACACAAUGCUCUCAGAAAGUCAUCUUCAAUCCCAUUCCACCACACUCUAGAAUACAAUAUGUUGCUAAUGAAGAACUGAUGCGACAAGUGAAUUCAGGGCUGGGAGAAAUACAAACUUGUUUGAAAACAGACCACACUAAGAGCACUAUGGAGGUGAAGUCUGAGACAGAAGCUUUAAAGAAAGAAAAGCUGAUAGUGACAACUAAAUCCUCUACAGGAAAAGUCAAUCAUGAACCAAGGGAUGUUAUAGACGUUCAAAUCAAGCCUGACGAAAAUGUGAAAAUGGAAAAGAAAUAUGUGAGAACUGAUGSUAAAGUAGAAGUUGAAUUCAUGGCUAAAGUAGCUGGUCAGUUGACAGCAGAGGUUCAAGUGAAUGGGAAUCAUGUAUCUAACAGUAAACUAGUGGUGAAGGUCAAGCCACAAGACAUGAGAAUAACAGGACAGUUUAACGUGAAAGGUGAAGAUAUAGAAUCCAGUUGGUUAUCAGGUAUAGCAGUAAACGCAGACAAUAGUAGGAUCGCUGUUACCAACUGGUGUUAUCACUCUGUCCAUGUAUUCACCACUGAUGGAGAUCUCUUACUGACGUAUGGUAGUCAAAGUAGUGCACAGGGACAGUUGGAUAGUCCUCAAGGUUUAGCAUUUCUGAAUGAUACAGAUUUAGUCAUUACAGACACUGGUAAUCAUAGAAUAUGUAUAGUGAGCACUACAACAGGAACAUUGGUAAAAACCUAUGGUAACCAAGGUAACGGUGAUGGAGAGUUAAGUAAUCCACUUGGAGUACACGUUGAUGACGUUGGUAACAUCAUUGUGUGUGAUGGUGGUAAUCAUCGUGUUCAAGUCUUCACAAGAGACGGUGACUAUCAAUAUCAAUUUGGUUUGACAGCACAGGGCGAGUUUACUCCAUAUGAUGUGAUAACACAUGAUGGACUGUUUUACGUCAGUGAUUUUAAUAAUCACAUUAUUCAUGUAUUUGAGAAGAAAGGUAACGUACCGACUAGAAUAUCGACGAUUGGUGGUAGAGGCAGUGCUGAUGGUCAGCUGAAUAGACCAUUGGGCCUGGCUAUUGAUAAUGACCAUCAUCUACUGGUGUCUAAUUAUGGUAAUAACCGCGUACAAAAAUUCACAUUGGAUGGUCGUUUUGUAGGAAAGACUUGUGAUGUAAUCAAGAGCCCUCAAUAUAUAACUGUUUUAAAGGAUGGUCUGUUAUUAGUUAGUACGUUGAAAUCUGGUGUUUGGUAUGUAAAAUAGAACUGACUAUUAUUUCACGGUAACAGAUUUGAUCGGUAUGACACAUUGAAUGAUAUCCCUGGGCUUGACAUGUGCUAAAAUAUGACCAUUUAGCGUUUAAAGUGCGACUACAUAUAACGAAGGCAAGAUGAAUUAGUGAAUUCUGGAUUUUAAAGGGUUUCUUACAUACAAAUCAUACACACACACACACACACACACACACACACACACACACGUAUAAAGUAAAAUAUAUGCUUUCAAAGGGAAAAAAAAAAUUGUACAGAUUCUAUUCUUUAAAUACUCAAUCGUGAUGAUUGGCUAAUUUGUAUGAAUAGUUGUCUGGUUGGGCUUGGUUGGUGUAGUCGCACUGUUCCCUGCUGGGAGAGGCUCCUCUUCGUCUUCUUUUUUUUGUUUUGUUUUGUUUUCAGGGACAGGGAGAAAAAAAGAAGACUCUGUCCCGAUCCGUUGAAUUUCUUGAUCUAGCCGCCGUCCAUGGUUAUGGACGUGGAAAACCGUUUUUUGGAAUUGAACACCUCUACGCAUGACAACCGCAAAGCCUACUGUAAGAUUAUAAUAUAGCCCGCAAUACUAGUGAGCAUAUCUUUUUUACGACAACUGCUGACUGUUAACGAGCCCAUUAUUUCCAAUGUCAUUAGUUGCCUAGUAACGUUCAAACAUGCGUAACAUAAAAGGUGACGGUUGGGGGCAGAGUCUCCUUUACAAUACAAUAACUUUAUUGAUCUCCCUCUAAAGGGCUUUUCAGAUCUAAUUUACAUAAAUAAAACUACUUAACUUACAUUGAUAAAACUAAGCUAACCUAAACUAAGGCCCCGACCACGCUAUGCCGGAUAAAUUUGAAUCCGAAUUUUUAUUUAUUCGGUUAGGCCAACCGUCCACACUAGUSCGGGCGAAUCCGGAACAAUUCUUCACCGAAAACGAAUUUUUUUCGCAUACGGUCUCCAA